CAGCGACCAGUAACUCUAAUAACGUAUCUGGAUCACAAAUUCAAGUCCAAACACAAUCUCAAAACCAAGCUCCUGUUGUGCAGAAGCCAACAGUGGCACAACAACAAGUUCCUUCUUCUUCGACUACUCCCGUUCAACAACAAUCUGUUCAGCAACAAGUGCCUCAUAGUCAUGGAACUGUCGCGGUUCCACCACAAACCGUUAUGGGGUCCGUUACCCCAUCAGGUUCCAAUACAGUGCCUUUAGUCGAGGUUAAGAAAGAAAUUGGUCUUGAGGAUGUUUUGUCCACUGUUGCCACAUCAGCCAGUCAGUUGCAGACGGAUACCAAAGAAUUUCUCACUACCAAAGAGGAACUCAUAGAUGGAGCAAUGGAUGAUAAAACUGAUCUUAAGAAGUUGAAGAGGAGACAAUACCAACAAAAGAGAAAGCAAAGCCAGGGAAAGGAUGCCGUAACUGCACCUCAGAAAAAACGUUCCCGUAAAGUCUCGCGCCUCGAUGAGGAUUAUGACACAUUUGUGGACAAUUUAAUGACCCAAUUACGACAACUUCAACCGAUGGCGGUUCUGGAACCCCAAUUGAGUCGUAAUUAUGGGGUAUGUCCGAUUUUCGGUUGCGGAGAUCUUGUUAAGAUUGGAAGUCAGAAAGAUUAUAACGCUAGAAUUGGCGAUUUGAUUGGAAAUUAUGGAUCAGCCAGUUUACCUGGAAUUUCUGACCAUUAUAAUACACAGCCAUUUGGAGAAUUAGAACCUCUGCCACCUCAACAACCCUCGACUACGCAGAGAGGAUUUUAUGAUCAAGAAUUUCCGCCUUUGAAGUUGGACGAUACUGAUGAUAAGAAAGAGAAUAUGACGACUAAUCGCGACGUGGACUCUCCUGAUACCAUUGUGAGUUCGUCUUCACCUGAAUGUGUUAUACCAGAAUUUAUGCACCGUUUUCCUGGACUGCGAUUGAUUGAGGAAGAAUCGGAUGAAGAAGCAGAAUGGCUGAAACGUGUGUCACCCGUUAUACCUCUGAUUUCACCAAUUCCAAUCAAACUAAAGCCUGUUUACUUAAAAGAUGCAGCUAAACAAGACAAGGAGAAUUUUGGAAUGCCCAAGCUUGGCAAAUCUCCUCCGAUUCCUUUACGAGAAAGCGGAAAUGUCACUGUGACCUUAACUUUGAAUAGUCAGGCUGCCGAUGAUAUAAUGGGUGUACUUAAAGAUCUUGCUAAUAUUCUGAACAUAACACCGCCUGCUGGUUAUCAAAUAGUUGAACGCACCACUACUCCUCCUAGUCAGAAAUUAGGACUAUACAGGACAAAAGGGAAGGACGGCAAAGAGGGUACUCCAAUCGAUAUACAAAGUAUUCUAAAUGGUGCGGCAAAAUUCUGUCGUCAUUGUGAUGUUGUGAUCCUUAACAGUUUAAUUCGAAAAAAAGUAUCGGAUCUACCAUUCUUGAGCAAAGAGGAAGCUGAACCGGGCGAUGAACUUUGCUUCUGUUCAGCGGCUUGCUAUAUGCAAUUUGCGCUCAUGCAUCGAACACCUUCUAAUACUCAAGAUAAGGCUGCAACAAUAGUAGAUCAUCUAUGUCAUAAAACAGAAGCAAAAAUGUUGGAAGAUGAUUUGAAAAGUCUGAAGAAAUUUCCCAUUAAACAGCAACAACAGCAGAUGGAGAAAUUUGAAAAUAUGGAGAUUAUUAAUGAAUCAACAACAGAGAUCAAAGUGAAAAUUGAGAAAUUGGAUAAUGUCGACAGUGCAGACAACGACGAAAAGCGAUCAAAGAAACAUUCAAUUAGUGAAGAAAUUGGUGAUUCUAUUGAGCCUCAACCACCUGCGAAAAUUUGGAAAGGAUUGAAAUAUAAAACAUGGUCGAUAGGAGCCAUGCAACCUUUAACUAAAUUUAAGAAACCCACUGAUAGAGAAAUUACCGAGAUGCUAUUUCGUAUGGGAAUUGCAGUAGCUCCCGCAAAAGCCGAAGAUACCCGUCGUUGCGUAUUUUGCAAGAGUCAAGGCGAUGCAACAGCCGAUGGACCAGCUCGAUUACUCAAUUUUGACGUGGACAAAUGGGUACAUCUCAAUUGUGCAUUAUGGUCUAAUGUAGUGUAUGAGGCUCAGAGUGGCGCGCUUAUGAGAUUGGAUGAAGUCCUGCAGAACAAUCUUGUACAGAUUUGCAUCAUUUGCGAAAAAUCUGCUGGUACUGUUAAGUGCUAUAAGCCAAGGUGCACUAACUGGUACCACCUAAUAUGUGCCAUUAAAGACGGUUGCGGUUUUUAUAAAGAUAAGACUAUGGCUUGUCCUCAACACCUUAUAAAAGAUAAAGAUAAAGAACUAACUACCCUUUCUGUUUACCGUCGCGUCUAUGUUCAACGUGAUGAAAAUCGUCAAGUCGCUGCGGUGAUGCAUCAUUCUGACAAUAAACAUUUACUUCGUGUGGGUUCUCUUAUCUUUCUUAGCGUCGGUCAACUACUUCCUCAUCAAUUGCAAAACUUCCAUACGCCCAACUAUAUUUAUCCGGUGGGCUACAAAAUCGUGCGUUUCUACUGGAGUAUGCGAAGACCUAAUAAACGUUGCCGCUAUGUUUGCUCGAUCCACGAUGUCUCUGGUCGUCCGGAAUUUCGUGUCCUAGUUCAAGAACCUCUUCAAGAAGAUGUUGAACUGAGAGACGCUACUCCGCGAGCAGUUUGGAGCCGAAUCUUGGAACCAUUGGCAGAAUUGAGGAGAAGUACAAACUCUGUACAAUUAUUCCCGAGAUACGUUUCGGGAGAAGAUCUGUUUGGUUUGACAGAACCAGCAGUAGUGCGGGUACUGGAAAGCUUGCCUGGAAUUGAGACUUUAACCGAUUACAGAUUUAAAUAUGGUCGUAACCCGCUAUUGGAGUUGCCUUUAGCCAUCAAUCCAACAGGAAGUGCACGUACGGAGGCACGUUUACGCAACCAGCUUCCGUGGAAACGACCGCACACGCAACGCACAGGGGGCUUUGCUUCACGUGGAAUGCCAUUUGGUUUGCCAACCUGUGGUGCUGCCGCAACAAUGGGAGGUGGAGUCUCCUCAACAUUAGUUGCAGCGGCUGCUGCUGCCGGCGAAGCCGCUUCCUGUCCAUAUUCGAAACAAUUCGUACACUCCAAGAGCUCACAAUAUAAGAAGAUGAAACAAGAAUGGCGUAAUAAUGUUUAUUUAGCAAGAUCAAAGAUUCAAGGUCUAGGAUUAUACGCAGCGAGGGAUCUGGAGAAGCACACGAUGGUGAUCGAAUACAUUGGAGAGAUUAUUAGAUCAGAGUUAGCAGAAACAAGGGAAAAACAAUAUGAAGCUAGAAAUCGUGGUAUAUAUAUGUUCCGAUUGGAUGAAGAACGAGUAAUAGAUGCGACUUUAUGUGGUGGUCUCGCUCGCUACAUUAACCAUUCCUGCAACCCAAACUGUGUCGCUGAGAUCGUUGAAGUUGAGCGCGAUUUCAGAAUUAUUAUUUUUGCCAAGCGUCGAAUUUCACGUGGCGAAGAGUUGGCAUAUGACUACAAAUUCGACAUCGAAGACGACCAGCACAAGAUUGCAUGCGCUUGCGGCGCACCCAAUUGUCGUAAGUGGAUGAAUUAAACAAAUUAUGAUACAGAGAAGAAACAGGAAAUGAGAAGUAAAGAAGAAAACUCAAUUUCUCCAUCCUGCCUAUUGUUAUCAUUGUUGCUAUGUUAUAUAAGUUUGUAGGAGUGAUCCAGGGUUACAAACUAAAGGAUAAAUAAAUCGAAGAAGUUGUGGUGCUAAUCAGAGUCGCCAUCACAUUCCUCCAAAGUGUUGUAUAAUAUUAUAGUUAUCAUAAGAGAAAAUAUCGAAUGCUUGUAUAUUGUAUACGAGAUGAGAAAAAAAUAUUGAAAGAUAGGGAAAAGGAAAAAUGGGUUGUAUGCGACAGAAGAUAAAGAGAAUUUCAAUCUUUGUGCUUUUGGUCCGAUGAUGAUUUGUUGUAAUAUAAAACGUUUAUAUAAUUAUUAUCAUCAUCAUGUAUAAUUAUAAUGAUAUAGACACACGCAUACCGUGUGUAUCGCACUGUUUCUGUAUAUAAUAUAUAUAUAUAUAUAUACAUACAUAUAUAUAUAUACACACACACAUAUAUAUAUUAUACAAAGUAGUUUUAUUUUCGAAUCACCCAAUAUAUGUAUGUAAAGCGCAAUGAGAAAAUCUGAGGCGAUUUGGAAGAAUUAUAUACAAUUAUUAUACCAAUUUCA